UACUUGACUGUCACAGCUUUGUCAUAUGUCUAGGCAAACGAGUUUAAGGGAAAAACAAAAACAUUGUAAAAAAUUUUGUGGUUUUAAAUUCAAACUCGGAAAAUAGUUAAAAAUUAAAUUGAUCUGCUUAGGGGCUUUGGCAAUGGCCGUGGAGGAGAGCGAGGGAGCUGCGCCGACGUUGCGGCCGACUGAGCAGCAGCAGCAGCAGCAGCAGCAGCAGCCGGUGGCAGCACUUGGCGGCCGCGCAGCAGGAGGCGAGAACAACAACAGCAGCAGCCAAAGCCAGCAGAAGGUCUACCCGACGCUGCGACUGCGACUGCAGGAGCCGCCGACUGAGGCAGGAAACCGUUCCAGCUCAGUGGAGCGACAGACGCGGCAGGCAGUGACGCGACCGCGACGCGCCGCAACGCCACCGCCGCCGCCGCUGCAGCUGACGUCACGGUCGGAGCUAGAGCAGAGCAGCGGCAGCGACAUCUUCAGGCUGGACUCGCAGGACUUCAGCACAACGAGCAGAGCAGCCCUGGCGCGCGAGGCGCAGCUGCUGCAGUUGCAGCAGCAACAGCAGCAACUGAUGGAGUCGUCGCCGUGGCUGCCGCAGUGGCAGCUGCGCAGCCGACCCGGGCAGCGCCGCCUGACCUUCGAGCAGUGGCUGCUGCGCAAAAGGAGCCAAGAGUCGAUGCGUCGCCGCCAGAGCCGACGCGAGGCGCAGCGGGUGCAGCAGGCGAAGCAGCUACGCCAGCAGAUGGCCCAGAAGAGCUACGCGGAGUGGCUGACCGCGAAGAAGAAGCGGCUGCUGCUGAAGGAGUCGCGUUUCGAUGAGGCGCUGGCAGCGGAGAUCGCGACGCUCCAGAGGCAGCGGCAAAGCCAACAUUCGCUGCAGCAGUGGAAGCAGCGCAAGCAGCAGGAGGCGCAGCAGCGGCGCGAGCGGCAGGAGCAGGUGCAGCAGGAGGACGAAGCGAACGAGAAGCUGCGCGAGCAGCUCAGCCAUCUCGCCUGGCAGCGCUGGAUCUCGCGACAGGCAAUCAAGGCGCCACCGCAGCUGCAGGCCAUGCAGAAGCUCCGACAGCAGCAACAGCUGCAGCCGCAGCAGCAGCCGCGGCGCGACAGACUGAGAAUGUCGGCUGCUGCUGCUGCUGCUGCUGCCGCUACUGCGCCGCGGCAGCGCAAGCAAUCGCACCCAAUCACCUCGCUCUAUCUGCAGGUGCCGCUGUCUGUGGCGCAGCGCUCACUGCGUCGCCGUCUGCAGAGCCUCAGCUCGCUGGAGCACUCAACGCGGCGCUUGCGCUGAGCGAGCCAAAAGAGCUUUUCCCUAAAGCUUUAAGCUGCUUGCGAUCAAGCUAACCGACGGACUUCACAGUAAGGGAGCUUUUGCAAAAGCUUUUGGUAAAUACCAAACUUUGUCAUCACUCUCCAAUCAUAUACUGACGCAAGCAGCCUCGUUAGAGCUUCCGCUGAAUCCGUAAGCUUGUCAUUAAUUUUUCCCGUUCUGCCAUUUGUUAACGUAUCUAGACAGUUCAAGCCAGUCAGCUUUAGGCCACACACAAAUCAAAGACAAUAAAAUCAAAUUCCCUCCAUAAAA